CCGGCUCUGCAGAGCUGUGCCAUUUGAAUUUCAGCACAGACAUCCACACACUGUGCUCUCCAUUUCUGGCGUCUCUCCCAGCGCAGAGUUUAGCUGAGGCUCGGGUUUAGUUUCCCCUCCUCUCUCUCUCUCCCUGUAGUGACAGCUUCUCCGGGCUCUGCUCGCCAGGACUCCCGAGCGAUCAUGGAGGAUACUACUUUGCAAAUUAUCGAACCACCAACUGCUUCUGAGGCCUCCGAGGAGCAAGUGCCUGAUGAACCCAUCAAAUCAGACCAGAUCAAUGGUGUGAUGGUGCUGACCCUUCUGGACAAGAUCAUUGGAGCAGUGGAUCAGAUCCAGCUGACCCAAACACAGCUGGAGGAGAGACAGCAAGAGAUGGAUAGCGCAGUGACCAGCAUCCAAGGAGAAUUAACCAAGCUGACAAAGGCGCACACCACCACCAGCAACACCGUCAACAAGAUGCUGGAGAAGGUGCGCAAGGUGAGCGUCAACGUGAAAACCGUUCGGCAGAACCUGGAGAAGCAAGCUGGGCAGAUAAAGAAGCUGGAGGCCAAUGAAGCAGAGCUCCUGAAACGCAGGAACUUCAAAGUCAUGAUCUACCAGCCUGAGAAGAUGCAGAGCGUGUGCUUUGAGCCUUCGCCAGGGACUGCCCUGUGAGCCAUCUCGGGAACAGUUCCCUCCGCCCGCGCUGC